GAGCAAGGCAGCAAGAGACUUCGAUAACCCGGGGUGUUCUGGACAUGCUUAUGCAGCUUAGUACGGAUAAAGUAUCGAGGCUGUUUACCGAGAACUGGGAUACGUAUCACUUGCAUCUCAGCCCCCGGCGUCCUCUGCUUUAAAUUCGUAAUUAACAACCGUUUUCAAACUUUACUUAAAUUUUCGUACUCGGAAUAAUACCUGCCUACAUCUACAUCCUCCCUGAGCAUGUCUUCUUCUGUAGAAGUUCGUGCUAAUCCUGCACUUAUCCAAAAGGGAGACGCAUCCCGUGCACCGCUCUUUCUUUUACAUGACUCUGGUGGAACAGUUUCCUAUUGUUAUAGGCUGAGAAACAUCGGCCGCACUGUCUACGCCAUUCACAACCCAUCCUUUUAUUCGCAAACAAAAUGGAAGGGAGGAAUAUUGGGUUUGGUGGAGGAAUACAUCAAACUCAUUAAAUCUGUGGUUCCAUCGGGAGAGAUCUUAGUUGGAGGUUGGUCCCUCGGUGGCCAAUUGGGUAUCGACAUUGGACGUGUAUUAGCUCGUAAUCGACGCUCGAAAUUGAGUGUGAAGGGCAUUGUACUGAUAGAUACGAUGUACCCGUACUGGGGUCCUCCAGAAACUGUCCAUGCGGACGUCUCGAUCGAUCUCGUGCUCAAGAAUAUUCCAUCUGAUCUGAAGGAGAGUAUGCUCCGCUGCAUGGAUUGGUCAAAGGAAGACUGCGAUGAAUGGGUUCUCAGAAACUGGAAAGGCGACAUUGACCAACUCGGUGAGGUCGAAAGUGAAGAGCCUGCUCCUGCCGUCUUGAUUCACGCGAACAAGUUGAUCGUCGAAGAAACCUCAGCGGGUGUGAGGUGCAUGGUGGAUCAGUACAAGGACCAAAAGAAUGGAUGGAACUUCUUCCCUCAUCAAUUUAUUGCCGCUAUAUGGGAAACUCCAGUACAUCACUUCGGGCUAUUCGAGGAGACAUCUGUCCAAGAGACUACCGACAUGGUAAAGCGGGCAUGCGAUCUUCUUGCUGAAGAUUAAGAUUGAUGUUUUUGCAAAGCUAUCUAUGAGGUUCAUAUGGAAAAGAAUCAUACCGCUU